CGUCAAAAUUAAUGACAAUCAUUCCUACUUCAAACUACAUUGUGUUAUCUGUCAAUAUGCCGAUACAAAUAAAAUUGCGAGUGAAAAAUAGUAAAUAAAAUGUAACACCAAAAACCAAUUGAACCAGAAAUUUCACCAAGCAAAAUGGACUCCCAUUGCGCGGUCGCUGCAGUCCUGCUCUUCAUCCAAAUGGUCAUGGUUCUCGUCAUGCUGAACCCCGCCUACGACCUCCGUAAAAUCACCAACUACCUAAACGAGAAGACUGAAAAAUAUAAAACAUACGUUACCUUAGCAAUUGCUCUUUAUUUCGGUAUAAUUUUAUAUAUUGGCGUUUAUAGUCCGAUCCGAAAUAUCAUUGAGCUAAGUGAAGAUAUAGAUCAGGAUGAAAGAGAGCUAAUAAUGAUCUGCACAGAGAAGAAUUGCAUAAUGACCGGGUUCUCCGUAUUCCUCGCAGUUAUUAUAUAUGGGAUAAAGUAUCUAGUUUCAUACACAGUGAGCUUGGUAGAACAGUCUGAUAGACAGAUAGCCCUGCCGCAGCCGAAGCUUCUUAGGCCAACCACACUCACAAGCGCUCUGAAAAUGAAACGAUCGAUUUCGUACGAGACCAUACUGUUAGCGAGGGACUUGCGGGAGCAACUGAAUUUGCUGAUGAGAAAUGCUUGUACUGACUACAAGUAUAAGCUUCCAAAUAUGUUAGAUUCCUCAUUUCGGAUUCAUUGAAGUUAAACGCAAAAUAAACAUUAAAGCAAGAAAAUAAUAUAACAAUUUAACAACAAGUUGAAACUACUACGGCAAUUAAAUUUAGAUUUAAUUUAAUAGAGAUAUUCAUUAAAAUUUGGAAGUUCCCUUA